AUGAUCGUCCACUCAGCACCGAACUCCUGGGCGAGAAACAACAACAACCGCACCAGCAGCAGUGCAAACUUUAACGCAACAACUUUAUUCUCUUAACUCGCCUUUCAGCAAGGAGGGCAUCGUUUUGGUGUCUUUCAGUCAGCGUCGAGGGCUUUUGUUUUAAUCUGCGUUCUUUUGCUCGUCAUUUUAGCAUCCGGACAGCUAGCUUACUUGCUCUGUUGUUAUUCAGUUGAUUUUUCGAGCCCAAUCUGACCGGCAGUGACUGAGAGACAAACAUGGCGACCACCGGCGGUGUCCACAAACGGUGUCUGACUUUUACCCUGCAUCUUAUUUUGGCCGCUGUGGCCGUGCACCAGAGUUUGGCCACCGCGUCGCCGCCCGGCAGACCGGAGAGGGGGCGCUACCAGGUGACUGGCACAAACGGCAGCGUGUGCUUGCUGGCGCACAUGGGCCUCCAACUCAACAUCAGUUUCGCCUCAGUCUCCUUGAACAAGACCGUGCAGGACGUCGUCAAUCUCGAGCCCAAUGCCACGAAGCCCUCCGGGUCAUGUGACGCAGAAAGCGCCACGCUGCGCCUCUCGGCCGAUAAAACCAACCUGACCUUUUUCUUCACGCUGAACACGACAUCGAACAAGUACCACGUGAGUGCAAUUUCCCUGUCGGCGUCCUGGCCAGACAUGAAAGAACCCUUCUCUGCACGUAACGGCAGCCUGGACUACCUCCGGGGAACCCUGGGCUACUCCUACAUGUGCCGCGAAGAGCAGACUCUGGACGUGGUCCGGGCCUUGUCCAUCAACACUUUCCAGUUGCAGGUUCAGCCCUUCGGCCUCACCCGCAACCAGUUCGGCACGGCCGAGGAGUGCCAGCUGGACCAAGACAACAUGCUGAUCGCCAUCGUGGUCGGGGCGGCCCUGGCCGGUCUGGUGCUCAUCGUGCUGGUGGCCUACCUCAUCGGCAGGAGGAGGAGCCACGCCGGCUACCAGACCAUCUGAGGUGGUCCCCGGCUCCCCCCCCCCCCACCCCUGGCCGCCAUUAACAAAAGUUUAACCCUCCACACGUGUGCUCCUCACUCCCUUAGCACUCGGUGAUAUGAUUUCUGAACUGAUGAUGAUGACGAUGAUGAUAAUAAUACAAGGGAUGUUGUGAGGAAAUAUCUGGGUAAGCAAAAGAAUCAUUAUUUUUGUGGUAUUUAUGAGUUUCUAAAGGGAAUUGUGGAGUUUCAGGGUGUUUGUUCCUUUUUUGUUUUGUUUUUUUGGGAGAAGGGGGUUGGAUGGCAGUUUAUAGUGACUUUUUUUUUUUUUUUUUAAUUUAAGAAACUGCUGUUCAUUGCCGUUACUACACUUUUGAGUUUCACAUUUUGUUCCGUUAGCUAACAUCGUCUGCUACAUACUAAAAUGUCGGCGUCUUGGUUGUAAAGUCUCAGGAAUGACCCCUGGAGUGUUGUUACAUUAGCGUGGUGGACGGGCAGUUGCGGUUAUCGAAAAAAAAAAAUACAUGAAUUGAGGAACUUCAAACAGUUGUCAAAAGGUAGCUCAGCAGCUUAAAAAAAAUGACUACCUUAUUUGAGCAUUAAUCCUGGUUUACGUCUGAUCAAUUGAACAUAAACUUUCCACAUUUAUAGAUUACCUGUAAAUACAAUUUACCCCCCCCCCCAUGCCAAUCACUUAUGUGUAGUGCCUCAAGGCUCCCUUCUAGGUCCCUUUUGGUAAACUUUUGAACCUCCAACCCACAUUUAGCUUAUUCUAAACGCAUUUUGAAGAUUCUUAAGUUGGCCAGAAAACAAAAGGGGACCUUGAUGGGAGCCUUGACACAAGUCUGUGGUCGUUUGUCAAAAUGUGGUUAAUCUAUAAUUGGAAUAUAAUAAUCUAGCAUAGCGCUGGUUUUGUGAUUAACUUCGUUUGGUGGUCUGUGCAGGCACAAGCCAGGAGACGUGCUUAAAAAUUGAAAAUUCGUCAAAUGCCGAUCCCUUUGUCUGACGUGCCUCGAGGGUUCCCACUGUGGCCUUAGUUUUUGUGUUAUCGUCUUAAUAUCAUGCUAAGGUUACCAUAGUGUGGAUAUGGGCUCGAUUUAACCGAAUGCUAAUAUCCCCCAUGAAGUAAAUUUUGUUAAUCCUUUAGGUUUAAUUUAUUUUUGGCGUGCCUCAAGGCUCCCCUCUGGGUCUAAUUUUGUUUUUGGUGAUCUUUUUAACACUCGUUUGGCAGCCCCAGACCGUUUAUCCGAGCAUUAAAGCUCUCAUCUGUCAAGGGAAUUUAGUCAAAUGCUCACAAUCGUGGGAGAUCAGCAUGUCGUCGUAGUAUUUUUGUUCCAAACCACUUUGUGCUGUACUUGUGUACAAACAUUUUGUCCCAAAUAGUAAAGUGCCAGUGCCUUCCCUGCUGCAACAUUAAUACAAAGGUACGUGCUUUGUUUUUCCUUUGUCUCACAUUUUCUUGUACAGAGCUUUAUGUAAAACAGGCAUUGUUGUUCAUACUUUCUAGUGCAGAUGACUUGUUUCCUCGUGUGGAUUCCUGUUUUAACUCUUUCUAAAAGGUCAAUAAAAGUGAUUUGAAAGUUG